AUGUGGACUUGGACAGUACUCUAUUGUCUCUAUAAUGAACAAGCUAGUCCAAGUGUCAUACGCAAGCAUAGACACAGACACAGACACAGAGACAAACAACAUACACAUGUUAGGCUAAGGCAAGAGAAGACCUAUCUAAAACAGUUUCAUGGCUCAUUGGCAACUGGCUCAAGGGUGGAUUUAUGUGUAACAUUGUUCCGUCCGUUCAACGUUGAGAGAGUUGGGAGGGCUGAAGACCAUCCCGCACCGUUGGCUCCAGCGGAUACCCAUUUAUUUCCAUUUAUAGUGAUUGAAAAGAAAAAGAAAAGCGGGCUUUUGCUCUGGGGUGUCUUUGAGCGUAUAUUUAGCCCAGAUGAUGUAGAAAUGCUGAGCUGUUCUCUUGGGCUAUUUUCACGCGAUAACGGUUCCAACGAGUUGCAAUGCUGUGGUCUAUAUCCGGACGGACAGAUCGGGGGAACAGGACCAGUGCUGAGCAAUGCAGUAUUCCAAUACAAACAAAUACACAUAACACAGCGGGUCGGGCACCUCGUCAAAGGAUUGGGGGACGAGUUAUCGUGCGCAUGGGACAACAUAAAGUCCCACUUUGACGUCUGUAUUGCAGAAAACAAGGAUCAUCCAAUGGCCCUAUGAGAUAGAUAGAGAGAUAGAUAGAGAGAUAGAAAGAAGAGAGUUGGCAUUGACGUUAACGUUGACGGGAUGCUAUACACAUGCAAG